AUGGUCCCAAAAGCUGUGGAAUCAGAAUCGAAGGGUACUAAGUAUCUCGAUAACAGGCGUCGCUCUCGUUCUGGAAAGGAUAUUCUUGAGCACAAAGCUUCUCAGAAAACCCUUACUAAGGAGCAGAAGCUUAAGAUCAAGAAAAGGGCAUUGAAGAAUGCCAAGAGAAUUACCAAACAACCACGUUUUCCUCGUAUGUACGAUGUCCAAAAUCCCAAAAAGAAGCUUCAGCUUCGCAAAAAACAGUGCUACAAGGACCACCGUCGUAAUAUUAGGAAAUCUAUUACUCCUGGUACUAUUUUGAUCCUUUUGGCUGGUAGACAUCGCGGAAAGCGCGUUGUUUUCUUAAAGUCUCUGCCCAGCGGAUUACUCCUUGUUACGGGUCCUUUCAAGUACAAUGGUGUUCCGCUGAGGCGUGUCAACCAGCGAUAUGUUAUUGCUACCAAGACUUCCCUCAAGUUGAAAAACGUCAAAGUUCCGGCUGUUGUUAAUGAUGAGUUCUUCCGUCGUCAAGAUCUUAAGCCCAAAAAGACCGAUGACAAAAUCUUUGCGGAAAAUGAAAAAAAAUACACCGUUACGGAUCUACGUAAGCAAAUGCAGAAGAGUGUAGACAAGGCUGUUAUUGGUGCAAUUAAGUCGACCAAGAAUCCUUCAAUGAUGGCUUCUUAUUUGAAGUCCAUGUUCUCCCUAAGCAAGAAGGACUAUCCGCAUAAAAUGGUCUUCUAA